CAGAAUUAAUGCAGUACGUUGUCAUUCUUAUAGCUCCAGCAGCUACUAGAUUCAGAAAGUUAAGAUCUUUUACUCUUCUUCUUUCUGGUUUUUCGGGAAACACUGAAAUUUCUGAAACCCAGUAGUGUAGAUUCUCUCUCCAAGUAAACCCCCAAAGGAAAAUGAGUUGAAUGAGGUUGUGAAAUUUGUUGCCCCAAGCUAAUUCCAUGAUUUUCUUACCUCUUUGGUUAGAAAUUGCCACUUAGUGAAAUGGAGAAUGUCCUUCAAAUUCAAAAGAUUUGUCUGGUUGAAACAAGGAGAGUACUUUUUGUUGCGGGGGUCAUUGCUAUAAUUAUUAUACAGUUCCAGUCCUUGAUCCUUCCCUAUAAAAAGGUUCUUUUAUCUGUAUGUCCUGAUGGCAAGGUUACUGAACUUAGAAAAAACAAUUUUCCAGUGGAAGAUUCUGCUCCUAAAUCUGCCAUGGUGGAUCGGUCCUCUUUUCUCAACGACAUAAACAUGAUUGAUUCAUCUGUUACCCAUGGGACCAUGAAAAAUAAUGAUGCUUCCGACAUUGGAAAUGGUACUGCUAAUGAUAAUGAAACAGAAGGGAAGGCUAGAGACAGAGAGAUUGAUUCUGCAGGCCAAGAAGAUGCUUUUGAACUAGAUGAGGAUAUGAACCUGGAUGAAGAAUUUCCAACCAACAAAUCCGUAGACCUGGAUAUGGAUUUCAAAUUAGAGAGUGUCAAAGAUCCAGCAAAUGAUAAUGAAAUAGAAGGGAAGGCUGGAGGCUUAGACAGUGAUUCUGCAAUGGAAAAGGAUAGAGGCCCAGAUGAUGCUUUUGAACUAGAUGAGGACACAAACCCAGAUGAACAACUUUCACCCAAGAAAGUUGUUGACCUGGAUAUUAAUUUCGAAUUGAAGGUUGUCAACAAUCCAGAAAAUGGUCUUACACUAGAAAAGGGUAGAGAAGAACACAACCUUUCCCUUGAGCACUUUGCAAAAUCACUCAAUUCAGAUAAUGGAUUGUCAUCACCCAUUGUUGGAAAAGCUGGUACAGGUUUGAUGAUAGCAAAAAUGGAAAGAUCAGUCACUAGUUCCACAUUGCCUCCGCUUGUGUUGCCACCUGUAGCUUCCUUAACUAAUGCAAGCUUUCAGAGAACCUCAGAUGUGACUUCAAACACUUCCAUUCAUUCUGUCACCUCCAGCAUAUCUACAUUGCAAAAGCAGGCAACAGAAAUGCCAUCAAAAGAUCAUACUUCUGGGGAAUUGCAAAAUGCUCCUGCCACUUCUAACAGUAAUCCUAUAGUGACUAGUAAUCCUGUAAGGAAGAAGAUGAGGUGUAUGAUGCCACCAAAAUCAGUAACCUCGAUAUCUGAAAUGAAUCGUUUAUUGCUUUAUAGCCGUGCUUCUCCCCGUUCAAUGAGGCCACGGUGGUCUUCAGUGCGUGACAAGGAACUUGUAUCUGCCAAAUUGCAAAUCCUGAAUGCUCCUGCUGUUAUGAAUGACCGAGAACUUCAUGCUCCUCUUUUUCGGAAUAUUUCAAUGUUCAAAAGGAGCUAUGAACUGAUGGAACGCAUGCUCAAAGUAUAUGUCUACAAGGAUGGAAAAAAACCCAUUUUUCAUCAGCCAAUACUCAAGGGAAUAUAUGCUUCUGAGGGAUGGUUUAUGAAAUUGAUGGAGGGAAAUAAACAAUUUGUUGUGAGGGACCCCAGAAAAGCUCAUUUGUUUUACAUGCCUUUUAGUUCUCGAAUGCUACAAUAUGCAUUGUAUGUACGUAAUUCACAUGGUCGAAAGAACCUAGCUGAGUAUUUGAAGAGCUAUACAGACUUGAUAGCUGCAAAAUAUCCUUUCUGGAACAGAACUGGUGGAACAGAUCAUUUUCUUGCUGGUUGCCAUGAUUGGGCACCAUAUGAAACAAGGCACCAUAUGGAGCGUUGCAUCAAAGCCCUCUGCAAUGCUGAUGUUACUGCAGGGUUCAAAAUAGGGAGGGAUGUGUCUCUUCCACAAUCAUAUGUACGCUCUUCAAGGAAUCCUCUCAGAGAUGUUGGUGGAAAAUCUCCGUCCGAGAGGCCGACUCUUGCAUUCUUCGCUGGAAGCAUGCAUGGGUAUCUACGCCCAAUCCUACUAAAGUACUGGGAGAACAAAGAUCCAGAUAUGAAGAUCUAUGGUCCAAUGCCUCGUGAUGUUGCGAGCAAAAUGAGUUACAUCCAGCACAUGAAGAGCAGCAAGUACUGUAUAUGUGCCAAGGGCUAUGAGGUCAACAGUCCACGCGUGGUUGAGGCCAUCUUUUAUGAGUGUGUCCCUGUGAUUAUAUCUGACAAUUUUGUGCCUCCAUUUUUUGAGGUUUUGGACUGGAAUGCAUUCUCUGUCAUUGUCCCUGAGAAAGAUAUUCCCAACUUGAAGGGCAUACUCCUCUCUAUACCUGAGAAGAAUUAUACUGAAAUGCAGAUGAGGGUGAAGAAGGUGCAAAAGCAUUUCCUUUGGCACAACAAGCCUGUUAAGUAUGAUCUCUUUCACAUGACCCUCCACUCGAUAUGGUUCAAUAGAGUUUUCCAGCUAAAGACCAGAUGAGAUUGUGAUUAAAGUUUCAGAUUGUGUGUUAAUGGUUCCAAUACUGCAGCAAGGAAAAACAAGCACACAAGGAGAUCAGAAACAAGAAGGGACUAAAGAUGAGAGGACAUCAAAGUACCAAACCAACUGGCUUUC